GUUUCCUAAUUCCCGCACAGCAUCAGAAUCGGAUUCCGGUGUUUCAUUUCCCGGCGGUUUUCUCGAACAACCUAAAUUUAGACGCUGUAGAUUUUCGGUUUUAUGUUUCAGUUUUUGUAACAGUUCCUUAUUUUGUCUUCGCAAAGCAUCCAAGUGUUCAAAAGACGACAUCUUGAAGACUUGUUGGUUUGCUAACGCGGGCUAACUAACAAGCUAGCGGGUUGCCAUGGACCCGAAGCUGAGGAAAGUGUGGGCUCACUACUGCCGUAGAAAAAACUUUGCACCUACUGUUUCCCACAAACUGUGUUCGGACCAUUUCACAGAGGAUUCUUUCAACUUUAAUACUCAGGUACUGAACGAAAUUAAUUGCCAAGCCAAAUUUACCUUCACUCAGAGUUGUACCAUUAUUUUUUAGACAGGGCGGACGAACCAGGGCAUUCGCCCGCCUGGCCGUGCCCGACGAGGAGCGCUCUCGGCCGGCUUGGGAGGCAGACGGCAGCCCCUCCUGGAAGCGUGGUUUUACCAUGGGCCUCAUGCGGAAAAGUGCCGAGGUGCAUUCGCUAAGCGACUGAAAGCCGAGACUACAAAGCUGCUCUUCUCUCAAGAUCUAAACUUUCAGACAUGUUAAACCUCUGGCCACGCCCAAUCAGUGAUGUCACAAACGCACAGAAUGGGAAAAUCCGAGAGCCAAAUGGAUAUCAUGGAGAAAACAACCAAGCCAAGGAAACAUCGCUGGACCGUAGUGGAGAUCGGCCUGUCCGUUAUAUUACUGCUGAUGAGCUGCGCUUUGGCGGGACUGGUCGUGCUUUACGCUUCAGCACUCAAAGAUUAUUCCUAUCGAAAUGGUGCGUCAAAAGGCCUGGAGUAUCACAGGAACCCAGACACCACUGUGUGCACAACCCCAGACUGCGUCAUGGCAGCGGCGAGGUUAUUACAGAACAUGGACCAGCGCGUGGACCCGUGCCAGAACUUUUACCAGUACGCGUGUGGAGGCUGGCUGGAGAAGCACGUGAUCCCCGAGACCAGCUCGCUCCACAGCGUCUUCAACAUCUUGAGGGAUGAGCUGGAAAUCGUGCUCAAGGGGGUUCUGGAGGCACAAAGUGAACGUGACCGGGAAGCUUUUAAGAAAGCCAAAGUGCUCUACAGAUCGUGUAUGAAUGAGAGUGUGAUCGAACAGCGCGACUCGCAGCCCCUCCUCAAGCUCAUUGAGCGUAUCGGUGACUGGCCUGUUGCCUCUGAGGACUGGAACAACACAGCAGACGAGUCCUGGAGUCUGGAGGACAUGCUGGCGUCCCUAAACUCUCAUUACAACAAGAAGGUUUUGCUGGAAAUGUUCAUUUGGCCUGAUGAUCGAGACUCAAGCCACCACAUCAUUCACAUUGACCAGCCAUCUUUAGGAAUGCCCUCAAGAGAUUAUUACCUCAAUGAUGGCAACUACAAAAAGGUGCGUGAGGCCUACCUGCAGUUCAUGGUUUCCAUGGCGAAAAUAGUACGGGAGGACAGGAACCUCACCCAGGAUGACGAGCGUGUGUGGGAGGACAUGAUGCAAGUGAUGGAGCUGGAGAGAGACGUCGCGAAUGCUACGUCUUCAGCCGAGGAACGCAACGACAUCACUGUGCUGUACAACAAAAUGACUCUACAGGACGUUCAGGAGACCUUUAACCUCGGCGGAUUUAACUGGACCCGUUAUAUCCAGGGCAUCGUGGCAGGCAUUUCAAUCACAGUGCAGCCUGACGAGCCCAUCGUGGUCUACUGCUCACCCUACCUCGACAAGCUCAACAAUGUCCUUUCAAGAUACAACCGCAGGACUGUGCAGAAUUACCUGGUCUGGAUGCUGAUCAUGGAGCGAGUCAGCAGCUUGAGUCGACGCAUGAAAGAGGUCCGAGCUCACUACAGAAAGGCUUUACACGGCACCACGGUGGAGGAGGCACGCUGGCGUGAUUGCGUGCGCUACGUCCAGAACAACAUGGAGAACGCAGUAGGGGCUCUGUACGUACGCGAGACCUUUGCUGGAGACAGCAAGCGCAUGGUUGGGGAAUUGAUCAGAAAGAUUCAGGAUUCUUAUGUGGAAACAUUAGAAGAGCUGAACUGGAUGGAUGAUCAGUCGAAGGAGAAGGCAAGAGAGAAGGUGAGACAGUCAUAA